AUGGCGGAGACCGGGAGCCACAUGCGGCUCAAGGAAUGGCUCAUCGCCCAGAUCGACAGCGGCAGGUACCCGGGGCUGCGCUGGGAGAACCGCGAGAAAACCAUCUUCCGCAUCCCCUGGAAACACGCCGCCAAGCAGGACUAUCGGCAGCAGCAGGACGCGGCGCUCUUCAAGGCCUGGGCUGUCUACAAAGGGAAAUACCAGGAAGGAACAAAGGCAGACCCCUCCACCUGGAAAACCCGUCUCCGGUGCGCCUUGAACAAAAGCACCGAUUUCCAAGAGGUCCCCGAAAGAAGCCAGCUGGACAUCUCCGAGCCGUACAAAGUGUACCAGAUCCUGUCGGAUGGAGCCAGAGACCCCGAGAAGGAAGGCAGCCUGGAGUCCCCUCCCCCUGAAGAACAGCAGGCGAGCCAGCCCCCAGCCCCCGGGGACCCGGAGAGGGGAGUUAACUGCGGGCCAGACAAGGCUAGCGUGUCCUCGGGUUUGGAAGAGGAUGGGAAGAAGGAUCUGAUGGAGACCUCCCAGACUUCUCCAGUCCCUCUGGUCUCCCACUUACCAAGUCAUCCGGCAGACUGGGGGUAUCAUGUGAAAGGGGUUUUCUGUGGCUGGAGCCCAACACACGCUCGCUUUCUGCAGAGCCCACAGCCGGGUGAUCCCAGCUCCAAUCACGUCCCCACUGCAGACAUCAACAACUCAGAUUGCUGGCUGCACGUCCGCCUCUACUAUCGCGACGUGCUGGUGAAGGAGUUCACCACCCGCACCGCCGAGGGCUGCCGCAUCACCUACCGCCUGGUGCCGGCUGACAACGAGCGACUCUACGGCCCGUCCUCCAUGGAGCAGAUCCAGUUCCCCUCCCCCCGCCUGCUGACCGGCGACAGCAGGAUGGCGGGCGUGACGGGCGUCUUGGAACGGCUUCUUCCCCACCUGGACCGGGGCGUCCUCUUGUGGGUGGCCCCUGAAGGCGUCUUCAUGAAGCGGCAGUGCCAAGGCAGGGUGUACUGGAACGGGCCCAUGGCGCCUCACAACGACCGACCCAACAAGCUGGAGAGAGAGAAAACCUACAAGCUCCUGGACACACAGCAGUUCCUGCAGCAACUACGGAGCUACCUGAGUCGUGGGGAGCCCAUGCCCCAGUAUCAGAUCCGCCUGUGCUUCGGAGAGGAGUAUCCCCCCACCCCAAGCCAGAACUUUCAGAAGCUCAUCAUGGCCCACGUUGAGCCAGUGUUUGCACGAGAACUCUUCCUUCAUGCCCAGCGCAUGGGACCACUGUCACAGCGCGACUCCUCACAGCCGUAUGCCACUGAUGCUUCCAGCCACAUCACCCAGAUCCUGAAGCAGCUGUGCCAGCCCUGAGCUCCCGGUAGAGGAAGACGGGGCCAGCAAGGUGCCUCGACCCCACUCACAGUCGAGCUUGUGUAGCAUGGAAAAGAUCGUGCCCACCCCGCACACACCCCAUUAGCCCUGUCUCUAAUGGAGGCCCUAUAACCCGGGAGUAGCCUUGCGUAACACAGCAUGGAGGGACCCAGCCAGCCGCUGCACAUAAGGACUAGAGCCUGGAUUGCUCUAUGGGGUAGCCCUGGAAUCAGCCCUGUAGAUCUAGUUGCAUUAGCCCCUCUCUGGGGGAAGCAUGCUCUUUAUCCGGAGCUCAGGCAUGGGGACUUCAUCCCAGACUGAUCCGUGGCAGGAUAGCUGUGACGUGGCGCUACUGGAGUACGACAUGGGCUCUGGGACGUGGCGGGUUACGUUGAUACAGAAGAAGUGUUGAUUUUUGUACCCUGGCCGCUGUGAUUUUAUUUCUCUGGCUGAAGCAGGGUGAUGGUUAGUUCCGUGGCCCUGGGAACCUGCCCUUCCGUAACAGCUGUGAGUAAAAACGCUGGUUCAGGAGCACAGAGCUCAGGGCAGGGCAGUGGGUUCAGGGCAGCUGAUG